UGCCUAUCUGUCUCCUUCCGUCACCGUACCAGGACUCACUGACGAGCGCGUCGAGAGGUUCUCAAUCUGCAGUUCAUACGGAAUACGAGUCGGGUCAGCCUACGCCACUCUCGAGCUGCCAACGGCUCAUGCUGUGGAACCUAGUGCCAGCGGGUCAACAUCAGCUGUUCAUGGGAUGUUAUGGUUGUUGGAUCGGUUUUGUCUUUUUUUCUGCCUUUCCCUUUUGAGCUCCGAUCGCCAUGUUGCUCCUUCAAAAAGCGGCGAUCUAGGCAAAGCCCUCUUGGUCCUUUUAUCCCCGUUCCAUUCUCAUUCGCAGGUAUCCAAACCUGGUACGCGCAGCAACCAUGUUGCUCAGAGCUACAAUUCUCAGCGCUUUGAUUGCACACUCCGUCCAAGCGUCGCCUGUACCGCUUGGCCGACGGGAACUCGGUGGUGUGCUCAUCUGUAACGAGCCCAACGCCCAAGGGCAUUGUGAAUAUGCCGUGUACGAGCUCGACACGUGCUACGACCUGCCGCCAGCACUGAUAAACAACGCCGCGACCUUUGCGCCGGACGGCGAGGCGUUCUUCUGCAACCCGUACAUCAUGAAAUGCGACGGCAUAUGCAGGUCACCCCAGGGCUGCACCAUGGGGCCUGUAUCGUUCGACUAUUCGCACAAGUUCAACUUGACGGCGGUCGGCUGGAACCAUUAUAUCACGUCGUUUGACUGCCACUUGAAUCAGAUUGCGCAAGGGGACUCGGGUCAGAAGCUUGGUUGAUAGACUUUAUCCUGUCCACUCGGCAUCGGCAUCGGUGUUUCGGAGUUCUCGGGAGUUGUCACCGCGAUGACGGCACACGGUAUGGGGCCGCUCCUUACCCCGCCAUCGGGAUUCGGCAGUCAAAGGUGGGGGGUCCGGCCGCCCUACCUGGGCCCCGACGGCAUGUCUGUGGGCGGGGUAGCUGUCGAUAGCGCAGGGAAAGCAUCAAUCGAAGCUCAUAAGGAAUCUCGGC